AUGCUCGGGCUGCUGCGGCACGCCUGGGGGGGCCACCACGAGGUGGUGACGCCCUGGGCCUGGCUCUUCUUCCCGUUCGGCGCUCUGUGCGGCGCGCUGGUGGCUCGUUGGCUGCAGAGACAGGAGGCGUUGAAGACCCGAGGCCGCCACGCUGCCGCGGCCGCCCAGGUUUGCUCGGAGCGCGCCGUGGGCCGCUCGGUGGUGCCCGUGGUGCCAGCCGGGGAGCCGGGCGAGGUCGACGUCCCGCGCAGCCAGUGGAGAAUUCAGGGCCGCAUGCUCUCGCAGUUUGGCGAGGGCGUCGGCGGCAUGGUCCACGACAACGAGCUGGCGGCCUUCUCGAACGACACGGCAGAGGGCGAGUUCAUCACGUUCCACAGGCCGACGAACGACCCGGCACGGAACAAGUCAGGGGAGUACCAAUAUUCCGAGGUUUUCGAGGGGCGCGGGCACCUCUGGGAAGCCCGCUGCCAACUUCGGAUCAAGAAGGAGCCCGACGGCCCGCUCCUGUUCGGCAUCGAGAACGACCAGUACGUCCCCAUUGCUGCGGGUGCGAAGCACGCCUUGGCCGCGACGGUGUCCGCCAUGAGGAUGGCCGUGGGCAAGGAGCUCCACCACAGCGUGGGCGAUGAUCCCGAGGAGGUGGCGGGCGAGGUCGAGCGCCCCGUGUUUGUGAUGCCCAUCUGGACCAUCGACCAGGUGAUCGAGACUCCUCCUGGCCAGCAGCCGCCCAGCCUGCUCGACCCAGACUUCCAGUCGCUGGGCCUGCGGCGUGGCAAGGACCGCAACUUCGCGGAGGCCGUGAGGGCCUGUCGGUUCAGGGAAGGGUACACGUACUCCGUCGCGUUCUUCAGCAUCGCGAAGUUCCUGGACCAGGUGAGGUGGGAGAUCUGCGGAGUGCUCCCGGGGCUCCGCCUCGGCUUCAACACCUUCUGCGGUGGGCCCCCCGUCCACCUGGCCUUCUACACCCUGGAUCGCGCGGCACAGGAGAGGCUCGGCACCAAGAAGCACCUGGACUCCUGCAAGCAGUACUACUUCCGGAUGGCCUUCUGGUCCACGAGGAGCCCGCCCAGCCCCGCCCGCAGGCAGGCCCUGCUGAGCGGCCUCGGUGAGGCGGGCCGCUGCGACCGCCCCGACCAGCAGCCAGCGGCCGCGGGCCGGGGCGCCUCCGAGGGCCUCCGGCCGCGGGAGCCCGCCCGCGCGCAGGCGCGGCGCGGCCGCGGCCGCGGCGGCGGCCUGCGGGCGCUCGGCGCCCUCGGGGGCUGCCUGGAGGGGCUGCUGCCCGGCCAGCGUGCGGGCAGGCACGGGCCGACGCGGGGCUGA